UUUUAUGGGGAGGCGGUGCCUGCCCUCACGUAGUGUGAUAUUUUCACCGUCCGCUGGCCGAUGCCAACGGGGUUGGGGAGGAAGAGACAAAAAGUAGUUGACCCCCCUCUCCUCUCCUCCUUUUUCUCGAUAAUCCCGCCUCCUCCUCAGAGUUAGGAAGACUCGUUGAUGCGUUUGGGUUGUAGCAAGGCUUUUUCUUUUCUUUUUUUUUUUAUAUCUAGAGAAGGAAAAACAAGAACCCUUGGAUCUGAUUUUUCGCUCCUCGUUCUUGUCCUGGUUCUGACUGUGUUUGGGUAUUUUAGCGGCGAGAAGACGAGGGGAACAAAACCCGCCGGAUCCAUCCAUCACUGUGGGUGGUUUUAAUUUUUCGUUUCUCUCAAUUUUUUUAAACAACCGCUCUUCACAAUGAACAAACUGUAUAUUGGAAACCUCAGCGAGAACGCCGUCCCCUCGGACCUAGAAAGUAUCUUCAAGGACGCCAAGAUCCCGGUGUCGGGACCCUUCCUGGUGAAGACGGGCUACGCGUUCGUGGACUGUCCGGACGAGAGCUGGGCCCUCAAGGCCAUCGAGGCGCUUUCAGGUAAAGUGGAACUGCACGGGAAACUCAUAGAAGUUGAGCACUCGGUCCCAAAAAGGCAGAGGAUUCGGAAACUUCAGAUACGAAAUAUCCCGCCUCACUUACAGUGGGAGGUGCUGGAUAGUUUACUAGUCCAGUAUGGAGUGGUGGAAAGCUGUGAGCAAGUGAACACUGACUCGGAAACUGCAGUCGUAAAUGUAACCUAUUCCAGUAAGGACCAAGCUAGACAAGCUUUAGACAAACUGAAUGGAUUCCAAUUGGAGAACUUCGUGUUGAAAGUGGGCUACAUCCCUGAUGAAAUGGCUGCCCAGCAGAACCCCCCGCAGCAGCCCCGAGGUCGCCGUGGGUUUGGGCACAGGGGCUCAUCGAGGCAGGGGUCUCCAGGAUCAGGGUCUAAGCAGAAGCCGUGUGACUUGCCUUUACGCCUGUUAGUUCCCACCCAGUUUGUUGGAGCCAUUAUAGGAAAAGAAGGUGCCACCAUUCGGAACAUCACCAAACAGACCCAGUCUAAAAUCGAUGUCCAUCGUAAAGAGAAUGCAGGUGCUGCUGAGAAGUCGAUUACUAUCCUCUCUACGCCCGAAGGCACCUCCGCGGCUUGUAAGUCUAUUCUGGAGAUUAUGCAUAAGGAAGCUCAAGAUAUAAAAUUCACAGAAGAGAUUCCCUUGAAGAUUUUAGCCCAUAAUAACUUUGUAGGCCGUCUCAUUGGUAAGGAAGGAAGAAACCUUAAAAAAAUCGAGCAAGACACAGACACUAAAAUCACGAUAUCUCCAUUGCAGGAAUUGACGCUGUAUAAUCCGGAGCGCACCAUUACAAUUAAAGGCAAUGUUGAAACAUGUGCCAAAGCUGAGGAAGAGAUAAUGAAGAAAAUCAGGGAGUCUUAUGAAAAUGAUAUUGCUUCUAUGAAUCUUCAAGCACAUUUAAUUCCUGGAUUAAAUCUGAAUGCCUUGGGUCUGUUCCCACCUACUUCAGGGAUGCCACCUCCCACCUCAGGGCCCCCUUCAGCUAUGACUCCUCCUUACACACAGUUUGAGCAAUCAGAAACAGAGACUGUUCAUCUGUUUAUCCCAGCUUUAUCUGUUGGUGCCAUUAUUGGCAAGCAGGGGCAGCACAUCAAACAGCUUUCUCGCUUUGCAGGAGCUUCUAUUAAGAUUGCUCCAGCUGAAGCACCAGAUGCUAAAGUGAGGAUGGUGAUUAUCACUGGGCCACCAGAGGCUCAGUUCAAGGCUCAGGGAAGAAUUUAUGGAAAAAUUAAAGAAGAAAACUUUGUUAGUCCUAAAGAAGAGGUGAAACUUGAAGCUCAUAUCAGAGUGCCAUCCUUUGCUGCUGGCAGAGUUAUUGGAAAAGGAGGCAAAACGGUGAACGAGCUCCAAAAUUUGUCAAGUGCAGAAGUUGUUGUCCCUCGUGACCAGACGCCUGAUGAGAAUGACCAAGUGGUUGUUAAAAUAACUGGUCACUUCUAUGCUUGCCAGGUUGCCCAGAGAAAAAUUCAGGAAAUUCUGACUCAGGUAAAGCAGCACCAACAGCAGAAAGCUCUGCAAAGUGGACCACCUCAGUCAAGACGGAAGUAAAGGCUCAGGAAACAGCCUACCACAGAGGCAGAUGCCAAACCAAAGACAGAUUGCUUAACCAACAGACGGGCGCUGAACCCCCAUCCAGAAUCACAUGCACAAGUUUUUACCUAGCCAGUUGUUUCUGAGGACCAGGCAACUUUCGAACUCCUGUCUCUGUGAGAAUGUAUACUUUAUGCUCUCUGAAAUGUAUGACACCCAGCUUUAAAAAAAAAAAAAUAAGGGGGGGAGGGAGGGAAAGAGAGGAGCUCUGCACUUCCCUUUUGUUGUAUUCUCAGUAUAACAAAUAGUCUAAUUUUUCUUAAUAUUCCCCCAUAAUGCCAGAAAUUGGCUUAAUGAUGCAUUCACUAAAUUCAUCAAAUAAAAAUAGAUUGCUCCUAAGUCCAAUUGUUACAAUUGGGUCAGAAUAGAAUUAUUACAGGAACUUAAAUGUGAAGCUAUUAGCAGAGAAAAACUAUUCUGUUUUAUUAUCUAACACUAACAUGAAUAACCUAAGGGAAGUGCUUGAAUGGUGGUGGCAGGGGUAUUAAACGUGCAUUUUUUACUCAACUACCUCAGGUAUUCAGUAAUGCAAUGAAAGCAAAUUUUUUUUUUUUGAAAAUUUUAUAUACUUUAUAAAGAUAAAAGUCCAACAGUUUUUUAAAAAAUAAAAUUUAAUUAGGUAACAGGCAAAUAACUGAGAAAAAAAAGUUACUUCUCACUGGUUACAGUAAAGCUGGAAAAUUAAUUUCAGGUUUUUUGAGGCUUUUGACACAGUUAUUAGUUUGCAAAUCCGAUAAAUGUUCAGUGAUAUGGAGCAGUGCCUAUAUUUGGAGAGCAGCAAUACCAUUUAUUUUUUCGUUUAUGGUA